GAACAGUGCACCUCAUGCAAGAUGCAUGUAAGAAUGGCCCCUGAACAGGAUAAUACAGGCACAAUCUACGUCGCAUCGACGCCAGAAUAAGUGUUCAGGUCAAGCAUUGCUCAGAGGAGCACCGGAGGCGAUCUCGUCUCUUAGGUCUUACUCCGAUACCCGUGACUAGACAGAGGACUUGCACUGCAUUCAAGCGCAACAUUUUACUCCCAGAUCCAGUUCGGCGAGAGAGGGUUUGCUGGCUCCGAUACGGACAGACAGACAGUCUUCCCCACCGACGAAUCGAUACUGGCAUCAAACUUGAUUAUGCAUAGCCCUCAAUUGUUACACUUGACGCGUAUCGCAUUCUCAUUAUGCGAAUAUCGUUGUCAGAUCCGGAGCCAGUUUCGUGACUUUGCAUCGACUUCGGCCGACUUGUAUGUACGGGUUACUACUCUUGAGCCGGAGACACACGAUAAUGCUUCAUUCCAGAGUAUGUGUUAUGGGUCGUGUAACAAGUGUAAGAACGUCGUUGUUUGAGCAAGUCUGUCUCACAGUUCAUACACGAUGAUCUAGAUAUAUUUAGAAGCGUCUGGCACCUUGGUUUCUGGUCUGGACUUGACAUUCAUCAUCAUCAUCAUCAUUUAGACAUUGUUCACCAUCAGCCUUACCAGAAGCACCAGAAUUCCCAACGCCACAAUGGGUCUAGUCUCGAAGUUCGAAAGCCGUGCAUCGCACAAUGACACGAGAGGAUGUCCUAAGCCCACCCUGGUACACUCACUCUUUGAGGCUCAGGUGACUCGAAGCCCCCAUGCAGUUGCGGUCGAGUUCGAACAGACAUCCCGCGUAACGUAUCGCGAAAUCAAUGAGCUAUCAAACAAUGUCGCCAGGCAGCUGGUCUGCGGACGAGGCUCCAUCGUACCGAUCCUUAUGGAACGGUCAAUCAACAUGGUCGUUUCACUGUUGGCAAUCCUGAAGACCGGUGCAGCAUACACUCUAGUCUCGCCAGAAUCACCCCCUAGCAGAGUUCGAUUUAUCGCAGAAGAUACCAAGGCGCCAUUCGUGCUUGUUGAUCGGGCAAUGCAAGGACAAUCUGGGGUAGCCACUGAGAUCGUCAUUGAGGAUCUGAUAGCGCAAACCAAGACUGCUGAUUCAGACUUCGCCGGCAACCUCUAUGUUCACCAGUCUCCUUCGGAUAUCGCUUAUGUGAUCUACACUUCUGGAAGUACUGGUCGUCCGAAAGGUGUCUUGCUAUCACACAAAGCAGCUGUUACUGGUCUCAAAGCUCUCCCGCGCCCAGACAAGUCGGAACAGAUGAGGAUACUCCUUUCCCACUCCCCAGCAUUCAGUGCAGCGCAGCGAACGAUUCUGGGUACUCUGUCUCGCGGCGGUGUGUUGUGCCUUGCAAGCAAGGAAAGCAUCACAUCCUGGCUUUUCGAAACGAUUAAGAAGGCAAAUGUCAGCAGCCUCGAAAUCACCCCCAGCAUGUUGCAGCUUCUCGACCCCACGCAAUUGCCAUCAGCUAUUACGAGGAUUACUCUCGGGGGAGAGCCUGCUGGACCAUCAUUGGUCAGCAAGUGGGCAGAGAAGGUUGAACUCUACAGUGGUUACGGGAUCAGCGAAUGCACUCAGCUUAACAUGAGAUCUCGUAUUACCGUUGACGAACAGCAGCACUUACUUGGAAAGCCUACUGACAGCACGAACUGCUACAUUCUACACCCCGGCACUAUGAACCCCGUUUCAAUCAAUGAGCCGGGAGAGCUCUGUCUCUGCGGCGAUCAACUAGCUAGUGGCUACCUCAAUUUGCCCAAAGAGACUCAAAAGGCGUUUGUCCCCAACAUCUUUGGCAAUGGCCGCCUCUUCCGAACUGGAGACCUCGUUUCGCUAAGAGAAGAUGGCUCCAUGGUACUGAUAGGCAGAGUCGAUCAUCAAUUCAAGGUGGAUGGACAACGCGUUGACCCCAAUGAAUCCAACUACUUCAUUGAGUCCCAGCCGCAUGUCGUAAGAUCGUGUGUGGUAGCCGCUACGGUCCGGGGCCGGAAGAGCCUUGUCGGUGCCAUUGUAUCUGACAACAAACUCGGCUGGGCAGAUCUUGUCAAGAAUGUACGAACUGCCAUUCGAGACGAGCUUCAAGAUUAUGCCAUUCCCCGUUACUGGAUACAGAUGGAGAAACUUCCAGUGAACCCCAAUGGGAAAACAGACAUUCGAAGACUUGCCGAAGAGAUCGAGUCAAUGGGCGACGACAUGUUCUUGGCAGCAAACUCGAAAUCAGCCAACAACAAAUCUGUCAAAUUGGAUGCCGAUAUCCGCGAAAUCCUGGAACAAGUCCUGCGGGUUCCAUCAGAUCUACUUAACCCGGCCGCUACCUUUCAAGAGAUGGGAGGGUCAUCUCUUGACGCCAUCGUGUUGGCUACAAAAGCCCGCUCUAUCGGUGUGAAUCUGGCUGUCUCUGACAUUUUGAAAGAAGACUCGCUGCAUGAGGUCUUCGCCAGUCGUCGUGGCGCAGUACAGGCCAUGACCAUGACCCCCAAGCCAUUCUCGCUUCUUCCCGAGGGGGUGAAGAUCCCUGGUAUGCCUGAGCUAGAGGACGCUUACCCAGUUACCCCUAUGCAAGAAGGUAUACUAGCAGACAGUCUUCUUGGGAAUGCCAAUUACGUCUACCAACGAGUAUAUGAGAUUCACUCUGAAAUUGAAGUUGCCCAACUCAAGAAUGCACUGGAGGUGGUUGUUCAGAAGAAUCAGAUACUCCGCACAUCCUUCAAACCAUGGAAGCGAUCGUUUCUACAGAUGGUUCACAAGUCUGUACAGGUCCCUUGGACAUCACUGGGCGAAGGAGACUUAGCUACCACGUUAGAGCAGCUUCAGAGCAGACACAUGGAGCUGAGCGGUCCGUUGAUCCGAGCAACAACUCUUGGCGGUCGAUAUUUCAUUCUUGAGAUGCAUCACAGUCUCUUUGACUACUGGUCCAGCCAGUUUGUCUUUGUUGAUAUGGUAUCAUUGCUGAAAACCCAGACAUCUAUCGACCGCGUGCCAUUCAGCACUUACGUCUCCUUCCAACAAGCCCGAGCUAAACAUGUUGACACGCAGAACUUCUGGAAGAAGUACUUGGCCUCAGCACGGGAUACCAUCAUCGAAUAUCCGGAAGGCAAGCCAGGUUCUCAGCGACUUCAGAUAACAGCUGAUCUAGGCGAGUCACUAAGCGAGUACUGCCAUGUGAACCGCGUAACCCUAGGAACAGCUGUUCACCAGGCUUGGUCUUAUACUCUUGCUAGUCACUUCUCAAGCAAUGAUGUCAUGUUCCUCACUGCAGCCUCUGGGAGAGAUGCAGAGGCAGAAGGAAUUCUAUCUCUUGGCGGUCCUACCCUCUGCACCGUGCCGUUCCGUGCCUAUUUGGAACAGAAACUAGACACCCAGGCCUCCUCUCACGGCAGAGAGUUACAGAGCGAUCUAUGGAACCUCGCGAAUCACGCCCAUGUUGGCUUCCGCGAUGUCAUGUCCACUGCCCAGCUCAAGACUGCUGCUCUCAACACGAUGGUCAAUGUCAUCACCAAGAUGGAGCAGGUGGAAAAGGGAGGCCCGCUUGAGCCGCUUAUUACCCACGUAGAUAACUUCACUCAGUAUACUACGAUUGAACUUGAUGAGUCCAACCCCACAGAGAUCAAACUUCUCAUCCCUGUCUCAGCAGAUGAAUACGCGGCACGCGACUUGCUUGAUACCUUUGUUUUCAUCGUGGAAAAAAUGGUGGCAGAUCCUCAGGUCCUUGUGCGCGAUCUCAUUUCCACAGAGACGGACGCGGAGCAGUUUGGCUUGGCUCAUUCUGCUUUCGAGCGUUGGGCGGUCCAGGAACCCGGCCGUCUCGCAAUCAAGACCAAGCAGACCGAGCUGUCGUAUAGAGAGCUAAACCGCCGUGCGGAAAGCUUCGCGCAUCUCCUCAGGAAGUCCGGAAUCAGGCACGGCGACUUUGUUCCCGUGUUCAUGGAGAAAUCCGAACAGACUCUGGUUGUUAUUCUAGGCAUUCUCAAGGCCGGAGCAGCAUUCGUACCCUUAAGCUCUCACAAUCCUCGCGAGAGAAACAUGUUCAUCAUUACAGAUGUCGAGGCUUCUUGCAUCGUUACCGAUAAGGAGACCAAGGAAGAAUGCCAAACCUUCGGUCUCCCCAUGAUUCUUCCCGAGGAUGCUCCCCAGCAUCCAGACCCGAACCUAAAGGGUGUCCCGGGUCUAUCACCAGACAGCAUCGCCUAUGUCAUCUUCACUUCAGGGUCAACAGGUACACCCAAGGGCGUACUCGUUCCUCACUCUGCUGUCGAUGCUGCCACUCGAGGAAUGGUUGAAGCAACUGCAGUUACAAAAGACUGGAGGGCACUAUGGGUUUUGAACUACAUCUUCGAUGCUUCUUAUUACGAUGUCUUCACCCUUUUGUCUUCCGGUGCGGCUCUGUGCGUUGCGCCACAAGACGAUAUCCUGGGAGACUUGGCUGGAUAUAUCAACGAGAUGGGUGUUGAGCAAGUGAUGCUGACUCCGACAAUCACGAAGCUGAUUCGCGGAGGACCUUCAGAAGUACCACGCCUAAAGGUUUUGAACGUGUGUGGUGAAAAGAUCGAUACAAACAUCCUGGAAUGGGCGAAGUCUGUCGAUGUCUAUAACGGCUAUGGGCCAACUGAAGCGACUAUUCUCAUGACUGUCUCCAAAGUCCAGCCCGAUGGCAAUCUCAACAGCAUCGGCUACCCUCUGAAGCAUGUAUCAGCUGUUAUCCUGCCGGCUGAAGGAGAUAGCCUCGAGGAAGUCGAGCGCGGACAAGUUGGAGAGUUGUGUGUUCUUGGACCCCAGCUCGCGAAGGGGUAUCUCAACCGCCCGGAGCAGACGCAAAAAGCUUUCAUCCGCGACGCAAGCGGAGCUGCACUCUACCGCACAGGUGACCUUGCUCACUGGGCAGACGAUGGAUCCCUUCUCUGCCUGGGACGCAAGGACUACCAGAUCAAGCUUAACGGCUUCCGUAUCGAGCUUGGAGAAAUCGAAAAUGCUAUACUUCACACCACGAAGGUCAAUGCAGUAGUUGUUUCCGUUGCCGAGCUGCACAAGAAGCGCCAGCUAGUGGCUUUCUGCAUUUUCGAGGGCGACCAGAAGCCGAGUGAACACAAGCCGAUGCCCGCAGAGGACCGACUAGAGAACGUUAAGGAACUCAUGGAUGGUCUCCAAAGCAUCGCACAUUACAUGAUGCCAGCACUAUUCCUACCUUUCCAUAGUUUCCCUACUCUAGCCUCCGGCAAAGCAAACCGAAAGGAGCUUGUCAAGAUCGUUGAAGAAAUGGGCGCCGAGGAAGUCGGCGCAUACCUGCCAACCGCUAUCCACGCCACUGAGUUUGUGCCUGUCUCGACAGAGAACGAGAAGGUCAUGCAAGGAGCAUGGGCUGCAGUACUUGAUCUACCAGAAGAAUCCAUCGGCGCAGCGUCUGUGUUCCUCGGCCUUGGAGGCGAUUCCAUUGCUGCUAUCAACGUCGUCGCACACUGCCGAGCUGAGAAGUACGCCAUUUCGGUCGGUCAGUUGCUCGCACAUCCAACUCUUGCCGAACAAGCCGCAUGCCUCAAGCCCAUUAAGGAGACCACUGGUCGUGUUGAUGUCAAGUACGAAAUCCCGCAGUCGCUGAAGCAGGCCGUUAGAAGCACCCCCGGCCUCGAUGUGGACGACAUUGAAGAAGUUUACCCUUGCGGCCCUGGUCAGACUGAAUUCCUCACGCAAGGUGUGAAGCCUGAGCAGUUCUGGAACCUUGUUGCCUGUCGUGCCCUGCCCUACGAUUUCGACUUGGAUCAGUGGAAAGAUGUCACUCGAAACUUGACAGCAGCCAACCAGAUUCUGCGCGCGUUCUACUUCCAAGCCGAUCCCAACGACGCCACAUCAUGGUACCAGAUUACCCUGAAAGAGCCUGUACUCAACUGGGAAGAAAAGCGCUACUCUACUGAGGAGGAGAAGACCAAGCUGAUCACAGAGCUGCGCUUCGGCCGCUUUGAGUUCGGAAAACCUGCCGUGAAUUACCUUGUUCUUACUUCGCAAAUUGAUCAGUCCCGCACCCUCUGUAUCAAGGUCGAUCACGGAUCUUACGAUGGCACCUUACUCCGCAUUUUCGAUGACCAAUUCAAAGCCUUCGUAAAUGGCAGCGCUGCACCAUCCAUCUAUCCUUUCAAGCACUACAUCGACUGGCUGCACCAUGAAGAUCGCGAGGAGCACCUGAGUUACUGGACUUCGCUCUUGGACACCUAUCAGCCACCCACCGCCCGCGAUCUUCCUUUGGACCCUGUCAGCGACCGACUAAAGUUCUCCAUCCUCGACUUCGAUGUCGACUCAGUUGCUGAGAGGCUCGGAGUCACUGCAUCGACCAUGUUCCAAGCCGCAUACGCUAUCGUCGCAGGCCGACUAUUGAACACCAACGACGUGCUCGUUGACAACUUGAUCACGGGCCGUAACGCAGGCGUUGACGACCCGCAACUUCUCAACGGCACCUGCGCGAACUUCCUCCCCUUCCGCACCGGCCUUGGCGACGCAUCGACUUCUCUUUCAACAUUCUUGAAAGAUACUCAAGGCCAGUUCUGGGAGUCCACUGAGAACGGCGCAGUCGGGCUGAGCGACAUCUACAGGGGUCUUGGCCGGGACCGCCAGGUACACUCGGCGAAGCUGCUCUACUGCUUCCAGCCUUUCGAACCAGCUCGCCCGGGAAUGACCGUCAACCACAUGCGCUGGCUCGUCAUGGCCCAGAGCAAGGUGUUCAUGAUCGUCAACUAUGCUCUGAUGGUCGAGGUGCAGAAGACUGUGAACGGAUACAGACUGAAGCUUCAGUGGGAUGGCAAUGCCUUCACUGAUGGAGAGAUUGAUGGACUGCCGAAGAUGUUUGAGGCUGUCUUCCGCACAAUGGAGGCUGGAGGGGACACCAAGCUUGGCGCUUUGAUCGCCGCCUAAGCUCUUAGGCACUUUGCAAUGAUUUAUGAUUCAACAUUUCGGGAACUUAGAGGGGGCUUUUUGGGUUUCAUGUUAUUCUUCUAUAGAUUGGUAGAUUGAUGGGUUGUUGAGUUUAUGGCGUUGGCGAAAUGGUCAUGGGUUUUUAUUAGACAGCUUCCUAGAAUAUUAGAAUACUAGAAUAUUAUUUACGAUUAUAUUAGUGAA